ACACAGCCGAGUGACGCUGCUAUUCAGGCUCGCAACUGGAACACCUACAGCAACUAUUAGCUCCAGGCUUAGAGAAAGAAGGUCGAGGGAGGAGGAGAGACGGAGGGACGGAGCCGGGGCAAAACUGGUGCAACCACAUACAGCAAAGGGCAGAAGGAACAAAGACAAUCAGAAGAAGAAGGAAGAAAAGGGAAAAUAAAUAUGAGCAAGUGGCUGUCUCUCCUGACCCUCUGCUUCUUCCUACCUGUUGUAUUCUCUCUGAAAUGUUACCAGUGCACCGGAUUGCCCUAUGACUGCCAGGAGACAGAGCAGCUUUGCCAAAUUAACCAGACCAGUUGCAUGUCGCAGGCAUUCACUGACGUAGACAAUGGGACUAUUAAAGAAUGGACAUACAAGGGAUGCUCUCAGGGACUUGUGUGCAAUGAAUCUGCGUAUUUAGAUCGGGGGAGCAGGAAGACUUAUAUCAGUUCUAGCUGCUGUUCCACAAACUUCUGCAAUGUAGGAACCUACUAUGCCCUUGUCCCAGUUGCUGCUCUCUACUGUAAGUCCUGCGAAGGGAAUAGUGAUUCGUGUUCUUCGCAAAACCUGACAAGCGUCCAGUGUUCGGGAUUCCACGAUCGUUGCAUGACAGUCACUACUGUCUUUAACAAUGGCACUUUAAGCUCAGAAUCAGCAAUUAAAGGCUGUGGGACGGGUAACCUCUGUAAUCGAAGUCUGGAAUACAACAGCGGCAAUGGGAGGAUAUACACAUCUGUAUCUUGCUGUGGGAAGACCAACUGCAACACUGGCAGAAACACUGUUACAUUCAACGAGACCCUGAAUGGAUUGAUGUGCUAUGCGUGCAAUGAGACAGGGAAAGGAGAAUGUCGAACUCCAACCACAGUCAGUUGUACGGGGAACAUGUCCUCCUGCUUAGACAUUAUAGGCUUUCCCAGAGGCAACACUCUGAUAAGAGGCUGCUGCUCCCAAGAUGUGUGUCUGGGUAUCUCAGCAUCCAUGUCAGUUCAAGUGAGUCAGAAGCAGUACUGCUGCUCUGGAAAUCUGUGUAAUAAUGGGGACAUUAAUUCAUAUUUCAGUACAGGCUCAAUCAUGGCGCACAGCAAUGUGUCCAUCAUGGGGAUAGCCUUGUUGGUCCUCACAGUGGUGACCAGGACAAUGUUGUAGUCUGGCUCGUGUGCCAUAAGAACUUCAAGAACAAAUCAUGUUGGGGUAGAAGAUCCAUGUAAAUAUCUGCUAUGUGUAUACAGGAGUUAUAGGAAGAUCUUUCACAGAAAACUUUUUGUGUUGUUGAAGAACCUCAUUGGAAAACCAUUAUCGUGGAAAGGACAUAUUUGUAUUCUUGGAAAGGCCCAAAAACAUUGGACAUACAAAGAAUUAUCUCAGAUUUUCAUUUUAAAUGUAUCCUGCUUUUUUAUAUAUAUAAUUUUUUUGGUAAAAGUAAAAGAAUGAUUAAAUGUACUCCACAAACUCACCUUAAUGUAUAGUCUGCACCAUCAUCAGGGAGGUACAAGACAAGGUUGUGUGGUCUAGUUAAUAUGCUGAAUGGUGGAAAACACAGAGUCUUGGUGGAGCAGGUCUUCCAGGCCACCAAUAAGAGAAGGGCAGAGGUCAAUCACAGACCCAUGACAUAGGCCCGAGCCAGGAAGUGCUAAGAGCAACCACAAGGUCAGCAACGCCAAAAAAACUUGACUGCAAAAGCCACCCAUACAACUGAAAAAGCAGUAACCUUCUGAAUUGCUUUUAUAUUGUCCUCAAUUAGCAUCUUCUCAUAUAGAAAGGCAACAUAGUCACCUCGAGCAGAUAAUGAUCACCUAAGUCUGUACCAGUGUUAUAAGUUAGGACUUACUUUGGUCAUAAGUGGUCAGGAUAUAAAUAACUAGCAGAUCUUUCAGCAGCUUCUAUAAAAAUUAUACAAGAACCACAAAUGAAUGAGCUGCCUUGGGCCUGCCAAGAAGUAGGACAUAUAUAGUAUAAUGGCUGGGACUCCUAACAAAACAAGCGAGCCAACAAGAGUGUCUGGAAAAAGACUGGACUUUAGCAAUUGCAGAAGGAAAUUGCAGGGGAGCUGGGUUACCAUUUUUCACAGAUCUAUUGGAAACGGACUUUGUCUUACCUGCCAGAUAAUUGAUACUAUACUCAACACAAUGGAAAUCUACUGUACAACAGUAUGAUACAUGAACUGGUGACCAUCACCAUUACACCCCAUGUUCAAAAACUAUUUCCAUUUUAUUAUUGUUAUCAUCAUCAAUGAAAUAUUAUUAUAUUGUAAGCUCUUUUGGGCAGGGCCCUCUUCACCUCUUGUAUUGGUUUCUGCUUUAUAUGUAAUUCUGUAUGUUUAUGUCUAAAGCCAUUCCUUGUACAGCG